AUGGGGUCUCCAACGAAUGCUGAUACGGAAGCAGGCAAAGAAGGGGGGAAGGGAACGGAAAAAGGACGACGACGUUUGCACUUCCAAGCGUCUGGUAGCAAGUUGCUGGAGACUGGAAGAAGACUGGAAGAAGACUGGAGAGAGCAAGACGACGGCCCUUUGCAAGCAUUGAGGCAGACUCAGGGGAUGGAUGGGUUUCUCGGCGAUCCAAGUGCCCCCAGCCAGUGCCAGCCAGUGCCAGCCAUGUUGCACCCAGCAGCAGCUCUUGCGCCUCGCUGCCAGGCUGCCAAGGCCCGACGCAGCAGUCUGUGCAAGUCUGCAUGUGGUUCACAAGGUCGUGCAUGCUGGGAUGUGCUGUCAUUGAUGGACUCGGAGAGGCCUGGCGCUGAACCGGCAGCGCAACCGCCAGCAACACCCACCACCACCACCACCACCACCAGCAGCUGUAGCGGAGGCUGCUCGCGCUAA